AUGCUGGCCGCCGCCUGCCUGGGCAGGGGCCCCUCCUGGGCGCUGCUCCGCGGCGCGGGCCGGAGGCGGCCGCCGGCGGCGGCGGCGGCGGCGGCGCGGGGUGGUGGGUGCGUCUUCGGCCUCCCGGCGUGCGCGGGGCCCCCGCGCCGGCCCCCGCGGCUGCUGCGCGCGCCCCCGGCCGCCGCCGCCGCCUGGCGCCUCCUGAGCGGCGGGGCCGGCCCGCCGGGGCCACCGCCGGAGCGGCGGGUGGCGGGGCCCUACGCGGAGCUGUAUGAAAACCCCUGGACCAUCCCGAAUAUCCUGUCCAUGGCGCGGAUGGGUCUGGCGCCGGUUUUGGGCUAUUUGAUUGUUGAGGAGAAUUUCGAUGUUGCACUCGGUGUCUUUGUUCUGGCUGGUGUGACUGAUCUGCUGGAUGGAUUUAUUGCGCGAAACUGGGCGAAUCAGAAGUCAGCACUGGGAAGUGCUCUUGAUCCUCUGGCUGAUAAAAUUCUCAUCAGUGUGCUCUAUGUAAGCCUAACUUGUACAAAUCUUAUCCCAGUUUCACUUACUUCCAUGAUUAUCCUGCGGGAUGUAGCUCUGAUUGCUGCUGUUUUUUAUGUGCGAUACAAAACUCUCUCUCCACCGAGAACACUCAGUAGGUACUUUAACCCCUGUUAUGCUACUGCCCAGUUAAAACCAACAUUCAUUAGCAAGAUGAAUACAGUGGUUCAGCUAAUUUUGGUGGCAGCUUCUUUAGCAGCUCCUGUUUUCAAUUAUGUGGACAGCAUAUAUCUGCAGACGUUAUGGUGCGUCACAGCUUUCACGACGGUGACAUCUGCCUACAGCUACUACCACUAUGGCAGGAAAACAGUCCAGGUGAUAAACAACAAAUGAAGUUUUUAUGGAAGCACAGGGACUUACCAGCGUGGGCGGUGCUGUGCCUGCAAAGAUGGUUGUAUUGCCAGCUGAGUUUUGGAUCCAGCACUCUUUGUUUGUCUGCUUUAAACCAUGGCAUCACAGUGAAAUGGAAUUUGAACAUGUACUGUGUAUAUAUGUAGAGAGAGACUUUUCAAUGUAUUUUUAAUUUCUUUAAAAAUGGGGUUGUUUACAAAAACAAAUAAAUAACAUUCUUAAAAACACA